UGACAAUGCAGACACCAUUCUCCUCUCUCUAUCCUCAACGCGUCUCUUCUUGGAACCUCGCCAUCUCCACCCACCUUCACAACCACCGUUCACACCACGCGCUUCUUCUCUUUCGCCAAAUGCUUCACCACCACCUUCCCGACUCCUUCACUCUUCCCUGUGUCAUCAAGGCAUGUGCUCGCCUCAACGCCAUUCCCGAAGGAAAACAGUUCCAUGCCCUUCUCCUCAAAAUUGGCUUUGCUUCCGACAAGUUCGUGCAGAGUAGUUUGCUCACCAUGUACGCUAAAUGGGGUGACAUGGUUUUGGCUAGGCGAGUGUUUGAUCUUAUGCUUGAUAAGGAUGUUGUGUCUUGGAAUUCUCUGAUUGAUGGGUAUGCUAGAAAUGGGAAUGUCGAACUGGCAAUGAAGCUGUUUGAUGAAAUGCCCCACAGAGAUGCCUUUACUUGGACUGCUUUGCUUGAUGGGUUAUGCAAAUGCGGCAAUGUUGAGGCUGCGAGAGAGAUAUUUGAUCAAAUGCCUAGCAAGAGUUUGGUUUCUUGGAAUGCCAUGAUUGAUGGGUAUAUGAAGUCUGGUAAAACAAAAUUGGCUCGGCGAUUGUUUCGCCAGAUGCCGGCGAGGAAUCUGGUAAGUUGGAACACGAUGAUAGCCGGAAACCAGCGCAAUGGGUGUUUUUUUGAAGCUUUGGAGUUGUUUGAAGAAUUGUUGGAAGAAGGGCUUGUGCCUAGCCAUGUUACUAUGCUCAGUGCUCUUUCUGCUGUUUCGGGUUUGGCUGUUUUUGGUAAUGGAAGAUGGAUUCAUUCGCUCAUGGUUAAGCAAGGUUUUGAAUUGGAUGGCGUGCUUGGUACGUCACUGAUAGAAAUGUAUUCCAAGUGUGGCAGCAUAGAGAGUGCUAUUACUGUUUUCAAAGAAAUUGCUAACAAGAAAUUGGGGCACUGGACUGCUAUAAUUGUGGGGUUAGGAAUGCAUGGUUUGGCUGAUCAAGCUCUUGAACUAUUUUCUGAAAUGCGUAGCAUUGGAAUGAAGCCACAUGCUAUAACUUUCAUUGGAGUGUUGAAUGCUUGUAGUCAUGCAGGCUUAGUAGACGAGGGAAGCCGAAUUUUUCAUAUGAUGAUAAAUGAGUAUAAAAUUGAACCCACGGUUGAACAUUAUGGUUGCUUUGUCGAUCUUCUAUGUCGAGCUGGGCAUCUUGAACGGGCAAAAAGUGUCAUUGAGAGCAUGCCAAUGAGACCAAACAAAGUCAUUUGGAUGAGUUUGCUUGGUGGUGCUAGGAACCGUAGAAACUUGGAAAUUGGUGAAUAUGCAGCUCGUAAUUUGAUUAAGGCGGAUCCAGAUGCUACUGGGUGUUAUACUGUACUUUCUAACAUGUAUGCCGCAGCGGGGAAGUGGGAUAAAGUUUCACUAGUAAGAGAAAUGAUGAAGAGGAGAGGAGUGAUAAAGGAUGCUGGAUGCAGCUUCAUUGAGCACAGAGGUCAACUCCAUCGGUUUAUUGUGGGUGAUAAAUCACAUCCCCAAACCGAGGAUAUAUAUGCUAAGUUGAGGGAGAUGAGGGAGAAACUGAAACUGGUGGGACAUGUUCCUGACACAAACCAAGUUCUGCUAAAUAUUGAAGACGAGAAAGAAAAAGAAUCUGAACUAGAGAACCACAGUGAGAGGUUGGCGAUCUCAUUUGGUCUCAUCAAUAUGGAAAGCAGAACACCUAUUCGCAUUAUAAAAAACCUUCGAGUCUGCAAUGAUUGCCAUGUAGUUACUAAACUCCUCUCUGCUAUCUAUGAUCGUGAAAUUAUAGUGAGAGAUAAUAGCCGUUUCCAUCAUUUCAAAAAUGGAUCAUGUUCUUGCAAUGACUUUUGGUGACUGCCAUUCCAUUAGUAUGUCAUGGAUCUUUGGGCAGCUUUUGACACACAUCACUGGAGUUCCCAGCCUCCCUGCUGAGAUGUCAGUUUCGAAAAGUUACAUUAGUGAAAAUGGAGUUAAACACAAAGGAACUGCACACGGGAGCAGAAGAUUGCAGCUGAAAAGACACAUCUUGGUAUCCUCAUUGUCCAGGGACAAAGCUAGUGGCAUAAGCCCAUGCAUUGUUGGUAACUGGAUCAGCAAGAUGGUCGAAAAGGUUCUGAAUAGGGCCCUUGCCAGUAACAAUAGCCUGAACGAAGAAACCAAACAUGGAGAACAUUGCCAACCGGCCAUUCUUGAGUUCCUUCACCUUCAACUCUGCAAAUGCAUCAGGGUCAUCAGCCAGACCAAGUGGGUCAAAGGCACCACCUGGGUAAAUUGGGUCUAGUCCUUCACCAAGUGGUCCUCCACCAACCCUGUAGCCUUCAACAAAUCCCAUGAGCACAACCUGAGAAGCCCAGAUUGCAAGGAUGCUCUGAGCAUGAAUAAGGUUUGGGUUGCCUAAAUAGUCAAGGCCACCCUCAGAGAAGAUCUGGGCACCAGCCUUGAACCACACUGCCUCACCGAAUUUGACACCAUUCCUUUCAAGGAUUUCUGGGAAGGUACAGCCCAGUGCACCAAGCAUAGCCCAUCUGCUGUGAAUUACCUCAAGCUCACGGUUCCUGGCAAAGGUCUCAGGGUCAGCUGAUAAUCCAGCUGUGUCCCAGCCGUAGUCACCAGGAAAUUCACCAGUCAAGUAUGAUGGAAUCUGGUCAGAGAAGGGACCCAAGUACUUGGGACGGUCAGGGCCAUACC